AUGGCAAUUAGAUGCUUAAGCUUUGCAACAUGUAUACUUACACUAACCAUCUUAGUGUUAGGAAUUUGUGCUGAACUUCCACUUAAUUGUGGUGGCAAUGUUUUAGGCAUUGUAUUUCAAUGUAAAAAGUUCGUUGAAAAAGAUGCACCACAAAAUCCACCAUUAGCAGAUUUAGAAGCUUGUUGUGCGUCAUUGGAAGGCGUUAAUGCCUCAUGUUACUGCAAGAAUGUGACUCCUGAUAUUGAAAAUGCAAUCAGCAUGGAAAAAGCAUUGUUUGUAGCAAACGCUUGUAAAGUUCCAAACGUUCCUACGGAUAAAUGUGGAAGUUAUAUUAUUCCUCGUCCUCCUCCCUCAUUUAAGGCUUGA